AUGCUGGGCACAGUCAGCACAGAUUGCACAGAAGAGCUCGCUAAGCUGAGCCAGAUGCUGCAUUCCGGCUACAACUACCCUUUGGGAGAAGGAAACUCCUCCAUCUUCGUUGUAAACCAUGUGUCCGAUCGCUUUCCAGAACAGAUUGGGACGCUGUUGGGCACGGCGCACAAUCCUUCCUCCAAGCACGUCUUCCGCAAUGCCACGGAGAUCAGCCAAAGUGAUCCCCAUGAGGAGCUGAUAGCAGCGGCGUCGCGCGCAAUCCUUGCCAAGAACUCCCGAUGGGACAGCGAGGAGCUUCUGCAGCCCCAGCAGUUGACCUUCAGCAAAAGUGCCGCGCUUCGCAACCAGUAUGUGAAGUGCAGCUGGAGGGAAGAGCAAGGCUUGUGGUCUCCGGGAGGUGCGGACUGCCUGCAGCUGGGCACCAUGUCGUUGGAGCUGGACACCGGCAGCAGGUGGCUUCUGGUCGUCGUUCUGCCCGAUGGCGCCCUCAAUGCAAAGGCUCUCUCCUCUGAACAUUCGGCGAGCUCGGAAAUCGAGCUCAUGACCAGCAACACCCACGUCAGCGUCAACGAGGCUCGCAUCUCGGCGUCGCUGAUCUUCUUCGGCAUCGGCUUCAUUUGCGUGUUCAUCAGUGGAACGCUGGCCUGGGCGGUGUCGGACCCCCUCCAGCGCAUGAGCAAUGAUAUGCAGCGCUUCAGCGAGAUCGUUCGCGAUCCUGACUGCUUCAUGCCAAGGAGUGGGCGCCACUUGGAUGUGGCAGCCUAUGAGUGCUCAUUUAGAAAGCUGCUCUGUGGCAUCUCUGCCUUCUCGCGCUUCAUCCCUGAGGCAGUCGUGCACCGCAUCGUGUAUGGAGAGUGUGGAGCAACGCGACUCCAUGUAAAGCAUCGCGUGGUCACAAUCAUGUUCUCCGGGAUCCGGGACUUGAACCGUUUGAAGCUGAGCGAGGAGGAGGUGGCCGAGGUGAUCAAGAGGUUCCACAUCAUCAUGACGUCCAUCGUGGAGCAGAAUGACGGCUCCAUUGGAGAGAUUCUUGACGACGGCCUCUUGGUCUACUGGAAUGCCUCCAGCGACAUCGAGGACCAUGCGACGAAAGCCUGCGAAUGCGCCCUUCAACAGCGAAAGGGUAUGACAUUGCUGCGUGCCGACAUCGCAGAUCACUUGGAGAGCUUAGGUCUUUCAGAAAGCUCAUUGCAGCUCAGCGUCGGCAUCCACACUGGGGAAGUCCUGUGUGGCAACAUCGGCAGCCACACAAAGAUGAAGUUUGGCUGCAUCGGCGAUGCCAUGAACCUCACAAGCCGGUUGCAGGGGCUCUGCCGAAUUUACGACCGUGAGGUCAUGUGUUCUGAUGCCACCCACCAACAGUUGCGGGGCAUGGUCUGUCGGAAGAUCGGAGACCUCCAGGUCAAAGGUCGCCAAGAGCCGACUGUUGUCUAUGAAGUUAUGGGUUGCGACGCCAACAUGCCAGCACCUAUCCGAUCUGAAGCCCAACAGGCACCCAUCAGUAUCGAGUACAGCUUGGACUGGCACAUGGACAUCACGACGUACAUGGAGGGCCGCAGUGCCGACGACUAUGUCGUCUACGACCGAUUCGAUCGGCUUGUCUAUGUGAACCCGACUCUUGCUCCUCAUCCGGACUGCUUCCCCCUGAGGAUCCAGUUGAAGGAGAACAGUGCUCAUGGAUCCUCUGCCAAGGGUGGCAACUCCGUCCGAUGGCAUUGGACAUCUGACUCCAGCAUGAGUGCGGGACAGCCUGAGGAGAUACCCAGCAGGACGGAGGCCAAGGUACAAAAGAACGGUGGCCUCCGUCUCCCUCUUUUCCGGCCCCCAAACGCACGUGCGAGCCGCGAAGAGCACUCGGCGAGAUUCAGCCCUCCAUGCCUCCUCACAUCUCGGCAUCGGAGCCCCAGACCUGAUGGCUACGAGGGCCGGCACGCCUCCUGCAGCCCACCGCCGCAGGUCAUCGGCCACUCUCCCCACUACCCUCCCACAACUCCAGGAGAUCGCACCACUCCAGGUGACCGCACCACUGUGGGCGACCGCACCACACGGACCAUGGGAGGUGGGGCGACCAGCACAGCUGCCUCAGCAUCUCAUUACAUGUCGAUCCCGUCACCAUCGCCGGGGUCGAGAUCUGGAGGUGGAACUUUGCGGUUUCACACCUCACGAGGUUGGCGCAGCCCAUCUAUGUCGCCUCUGUGCGACCCAGCCACACAGGAGCAGAUCGAUCUUAAGGAAAUGUAUCACAAGGCUUUGGAGGCACAGAAGAUGCUCGGAGAAGACAUUGGAAUAAGAAGCUAUAUCACCCUUGCGCAUACCGACGUUUCAUAUCAAUAG